AUGUUUAAAAACUUGAAAGAAAAACUAGCAACUCAAGUUACAAAAACUAAUCAACCUUUUUUAUCGAGCAUUCCAUCACCGGAAUCAACAUCUAAAUCAAAAGAUUCUGGUACUCGAACAUCUUCUGUUACUAGUCGUGAUGAUAAUCAUGAAACUAAUCGUUCUCGAUUAGAUUCAGCUUCAAGUGAUAUAAGUCAAUUUAGUGUUGGUCAUAGUCCAAAUUAUGUAUCACCACCACGUACUUAUAGACCGCCAUCGGAUAUUGAAUCUGAAUAUGGUGGUGAAGAAAGUGAUCAUGAGGGCAAUACUAGAUUGUUAAAAUUACAAAAACUACUUGCUGUUUAUAAGAAUAAAUUUAAUCAAUUAAAAAAUGCUUAUGAUGAAGUUGAACGAGAAAAAGACCAUAUUAAGAAUAUUCUACAACAACAUCAAGAUACAUCAUUAACACGAAUAUCUGAAUUACGUGAACAGAUUAAAUUGGAUAAACAAGCAAAAGAACAAUUGGAGUGUUUACAUAGAAAAGAAAUGCGCCAGAGAGAAAAUAGAAUCGAAGAACUUACAUUACAAGUUGAUGCACAAAAAGAUCUUAUUCAAUUACCUCAUCAAACAGAUCAUGAAGAAAUUCAAAGUCUUCGCGAAAAAAAUUCUAAACUCGAAGCAUUACUUACUCGAUGUAAAGAUGGUCUAAAAAUUCAUCAAGAAAAACAAAAUGAAUUAACAAAACAACGUGAUGAUUUUCUUCAACAAUUAAAUGAGAAACAAGCUGUUAUUGAAUCAAUGAUGAAAGAUCGUCAUCCAGAUGACGCCUCAAUAGCAUCACUGGAAGUUCAAGAACAUUUUGACUCAGAUAUAAGUGUUUUAUUACAAGAUAAACAACGUUUACAAGAAGAAUUAGAAGCAGUACGUCUUUGUAUGAGACAAAUGGAAAAUGAACUUGAAGUAACAAAACAACAAGCAAAAAUUGAUAAAGAUUUAAAAGAAAAAUAUGAUGAUUUAUCAAAUUCUAUUGAACAAUUAACAAAUGAUAAGAUAAAACUUGAAAAAUUAAAUGAAGAAUUAAAUCAACAAAUUCAAUCUUCAGAUUUAAAUCUUAUUAUAUCAAAUCAAAAUAUGAAUAUUUCACAUUUAAAUGAAGAAUUAGAUAAUUUACGUGAUAUGAUAAAAAAUAUUGAAAAUAUUGUUCCUGAAAACCCAUCAAUAGAUUUAUUAGAAAGAAUUCAACAAUUAAAACAAAAUGAUAUUCAAUUAUCUCAAACACUUGAAAAUCAACGACAAGAACAUUCAGAUGAAUUUGAUAUAGUUUUAAAAGAAAUACAAGAUGAAAAUACGUAUCUUAAAUCUCAAAUUGAAGAAAUAGAAAAAUUAAAAAAUUCAUCGAUUCAGUUAUUAAAAGAUGAACAUGAAAAAACGCUCGAAGUUUUACAUACACAAUUUAAUAAUAAGUAUCAAGGACAAUUAUCAUCUCUUGAAAAUGAACUCAAAGCUGAAGUUAUGAGAGCAGAUGAUAAAAUAAAUCGAUUAAAUUCACAAACUGCUCAACAACAAGAAGAAAUUCAACGAUUAGAAAAUCUUGAUCAAUCUCAAAAGCAACUGUUGAAUGAAAAUAAUAUUUUAAAAGAACAAUUAACUACAUUUCAUGAAAAAACCAAACAAUUACAAGAUGAUAUUCAAGAAAAACAAAAUGAAAUUAAUCAUUAUCAAGUUAUUAUUAAAGAAUUAGAAGAUACUAUGAAACAAAUGAGAUCGAAAUAUGAACAGAUUGAAAAAGAACUUGAAGAAAAACAGAAUGAGAUAAUUCAACUUAAUAAUACUGUAGAACAAUUAAAAGAAAAUAACGGAUUAAUAAAUGAUAAAUAUCAACAAUUGACAAAAUCAUUUGAACAAAAACAAAAUGAAGUUGAUCAGUUAAAAAUCAAUAUUUCAACAAUUACCGAGGAAAAUCAACAGAUUAAAGAAGAAAUCGUUCAACUUAAUCAAAUAAUUGAUGAAGUAAAACUAAAA